GUUCAGCACCUAUCUAUCUAGAUAGGUAGGUACUUUCGCGUUUUUAAUCGAACUGUGUGGUAAUCAAAUUGUUGAAUUUUUCAGUGAAUGACGCCGAAAUUGCGCGAAUAAUAUUAUUGAAAACGAGUUUGAUUUUAGUGCUUAUGAGUGAUGACAAAUUGAAGUUUUUGGACGUUAAUGCAUAAUACUGCUAAAGGGCAUUUUGAGCCCACGUGCUUUUUCGAACGCGCGCUGACCACCUUGGCAUAGAAAACAAUUAAGUAAGAGCCCACGCAAAUUUACCGACGCAUUGUUAUUUGAUAAUUCGAAAUGAAUCAUUCUUAUCAAAUAGUUGUACGAAUUAAGUUGCUGUAAUGAACAUUUGAUUCAGAAAAUUGUGACUAAAUUGAUGAGAAUGGAAAGAUGAAUUUGGAAACGAAGGCAAAAUGAUCAGGUCCAGCAACAAUUGAAAAUGAAGCGUGAAGUUUCUUCCAGAACGAGCUUCUACAAGGAUGAUGUACAUGGGUACAAUGUAUCUUCAUUACCGCCUCAAAUCGAUUGUCACCUUUGCUGGGACAACAGUCAUCAACACGGCGGCGGUUCCACUUCAUCUGUAAAAGAUACAACAUCCGAACAUGCUGUAUUGCUGUAUUCUUCAAAUAUAGGAUACAUUGUUCACACGCCUCCUCCGCCGCCACCGCCGUCCAUCGUGUGUUAUUGUUCUUCGUGUUGUUCUACUUUUAGGCCAGAACUACCAGCACGAAAUCGCACUUCAAUAUCGACAGUAUCAUCUUACUCUUCGACACCUCGAAGACAAUCAUACGACGACGAUACUUAUGGGACUAAUGUGAUUAACGAGACUAAGAAUAAUAAUAAUUCCACGUGCUAUUAUACGACGACUGAAAAACCUCUGUACAACUUCCACCAACACCACCACCAGCAGCAGCAGUUCAACGAUAUAAAAAAUAUAAACUAUUAUUUAAACGAAGACAAAGCCGCUGAAUUGUUUGAAGAUCAAGUUGUCGAAGAAAACGGAGAACGAGUCGUAUGGGAAUUUCAACAGGUGACGUUGAAUCGAGUACCCGGCUAUGGAUUUGGUAUCGCGGUCAGCGGUGGCAGAGAUAAUCCUCAUUUCGCCAACGGUGAUCCAUCUAUCGCCGUCUCCGAUGUAUUGAAAGCUGGACCUGCUGAAGGAAAAUUAAUGGUAAACGAUCGUAUCACCAGCGCAAACGGUAUCUCGUUGGAAAACGUCGAUUACGGUAGAGCCGUGCAGGUACUUCGAGACAGCGGAAACAGCGUUACACUUUCAGUCCGCCGGAGACUACUGUUACCAUCUCAAGAACCUCAUAUUUUACGCGUACAGUUGAACAAAAGUCGUAAAAAAGAUGAUUUCGGAAUCAUUCUGGGUAAUCGGAUAUAUAUCAAAGAGAUAGGUAAUACGAAAAUAGAAACAAAUGCCGGUCCGACGUUACAAGAAGGUGAUGUCAUACUCAAGAUAAAUAACCAACCGGCUGAAAAUCUUAGUUUAAAAGAAGCUAGAAAAUUAAUCGAGAGUAGUAAAGAAAAAUUACAUUUGACUGUACGACGCGAAGCUCGAACCAGCCCGUAUUCCAUUUAUUCGAAUAAUAAUCAACCAAAAGAAAGCAACUAUAUGGAUAUGUUGAACGGUAACGUGUACGGAGCAUCGCAGAAUCUUUACGUCCAACCUCCUACCAGACAAAAUAUGUCGCUGGAAUCGGAAAAAAGUAAUUUGAUGCCGAGAACAGGACGUUCUAGGAAUCCAUUGCUGGAUGUGUCGCUUACGCAAUUAGACAGACCAGCGUCACCGCUUAAUCGAAACCUCAACCAUAGUCACGAGAGUAUAGGAAAUCUACCGCCAAUUAACCAUAGUCAUAGUUUAAGCCAUAAUAUAAAUCAAGAAAAUCACGAUAUUAUCGCUAGUCAACAUACUCAUUUACGAAGUCGUAGCGUUGUACAAGACCACCAAGAACCUCCGAGACCACCGCCUCCUAGACCAGAAGAUUAUUACGGUAUUACGAAAUUACAAGAAGAUGAAACCAAUGGCCAUAGAUCAAAGUUUCCAAUCGAGGAUCCUAGAUUCGUUGCUUUCCAUAAAGACAGCGGCGGCUCGGUUGGGAUUCGUUUGAUUGGUGGAAACGAAGUUGGUAUUUUUGUUACCGCUGUUCAGCCCGGUAGCCCUGCUUCUCUUCAAGGACUACAACCCGCUGAUAAAAUAUUAAAAGCUAAUGAUUUAGAUAUGAAAGGUGUUACUCACGAAGAAGCUGUACUAUUCCUAUCAAACGUUCAAGAUCAAGUUCAUUUAAUCGUUCAAAAUAAAAGGGAAGAAUACGAACAAGUUUUAGCCAAUCAUCUCGGAGAUUCGUUUCAUAUCAAAGCUCAUUUCGACUACGAUCAACCGGAACCAGGCGAGAUGAGUUUUCGAAAAGGAGAUAUAUUCCAUGUGAUCGAUACUUUGCAUAAUAAUAAUCCCGGCUCUUGGCAAGUUUACAGAAUAGGAAGAAAUAAUCAAGAGGUGCAGAAAGGCAUCAUACCAAAUAAAGCCAGAGCCGAAGAACUGGCUACGAAACAGUUUAAUGCCACCAAAAAAGAAAUAGCUACUUCGGAAAGUCGAAUCAGUUUUUUCAGAAGAAAACGCAGUAAUCAUAGAAGAUCCAAGUCGCUUAGUAAAGAUCAUUGGGAUGAUGUAGUAUUUGGAGACAGCAUUAGUAAAUUUCCAGCUUACGAAAGAGUUAUUUUAAAGCAUCCCGGGUUUAUCAGACCUGUCGUACUUUUCGGUCCGGUUGCCGAUAUUGCUAGAGAAAAAUUACUCAAAGAUUUCCCCGAUAAGUUCUCCGCUCCUCAACUUGAAAAUCCUUUAGAAGGCGUCAGCAAGAAAGCCAGCGGUAUUAUAAGAUUGAGUGCAAUACGAGAUAUUAUGGAUAGAGGAAAACACGCAUUACUCGAUAUCACACCCAAUGCUGUUGAUAGAUUAAACUACGCUCAAUUCUACCCAAUUGUUAUUCUUUUACGAGCCGAAUCAAAACAAGUUAUUAAAGAUCUUCGAAAUGGCAUAACAAAAUCAGCGCACAAAAGUAGUAGAAAAUUAUUCGAACAAAGUCAAAAAUUAGAAAAGGUUUGGUCUCACGUCUUCUGCGGAUCUAUAACUCUAACUGGACCCGAUUCGUGGUAUCGUAAAUUACGCGAGUUGAUUGAGAAAUACCAAAGCUCUCCUGUAUGGAUCAGCGAAGCCAAGCCGGACGAAGCACUUUCGGACGACUUUCUGUUUCCUAUGACCUCUCUCCGUUUGUCAUACGCUUCGUCACCGGAAAGCGAUUUAGAACAAAGUAGCGGCUUGUUGAACAUGUCCAGCACAUCCUUACCGCCUAGAUUAGUUAAAUGCUCAAGUGACCCGAGUAUUGCCACUCAAGACGAUACGGCUGUUCCCACGUAUAACCCGCCACCGCCUUAUACACCGGCAUUAUUCAAACAAACCGCAUACGAAUUAAAUCAAAAUUUACGUUUACAAAAUGAUAAAUUUCCUUUCUUACCAUCUGCUGAGCGUUCUUCGAACGACGAAGUAAACGGAGUCAACGGUACGCCACCAGAUCUACCUCCUCGAAUAGAUCGAAACAGUAAACCAGUUCGAACGGUUAACGGUAGAUCAGCUCAAGAGAGACUGUUCGGUGGCCCAGGGUCUAAAGAGCAAUCAGAGCCACCGAAUUAUAUCAACGCUACACCUCACAGGCUACCAAAUUCCACGUCUCUAGGAAGACAUAAUAGUAAUGCUAAUUCAUCGACGAAUAUGAACAAUAAAACGAAUAGUUACGAUAGCGUGUCGUCUUACGAUAGUUAUAAUCAACGUUCUAUGUCGAAUAUUCACGAUGAUCUCAAAACGUACAGCGAUAGAGAACCGUACAGAUACACGAGGUCUACUCAGCAACCGAUUAAACAUAGCAAUUCUGAUGCUCAUAGGCCAUCGAAACCACCCGAUUAUCCACAUUACAGACCACCCGGUUUGGUAGAAUACGCCACCAAUAAACCUUUACCACCACCUAAAGCUCCGCAAUCGUAUAAACCCGUACCGCCACCCAAACCUAAAAAUUACAGACCUCCCAAUCAACACGCUCAACAGUCUUCACAGCCGUAUUUCCAGCAUAGCACAAUUAAAGAAAUGAACGGAUACCAGCAUGCGAAAUCUUACAGUAUGGCUGAUGCCACUUCGAAUAAUUAUAGCACACAUAUACCUAAUGGGAUAACCUCGUCGCCAUCUAGUAAAUACUCUAUCGACAAUUCAGAUUCAAACGGUUUCGAUUCCGGCCACGGAAGUAGCCUGGAUCGCAGCACGUACGACCGAAGGACUGGAAUGAGUAGUAACUCGUCGCAAUAUUAUUACAACGUCGCACCUUCUAAUAAACACCAACGUGAGCUCAGCGGCCUCGAUCUUACUCAUAGAGAACAGAGAGGCAGUGCUUUUGAAUUAUACAAGAAGCCCAGUGAGCAGAGGAACAUGCAUUACCAUAUCGAUCAUAGCAUUAGAUAAAUUAUCUCUUUCAUUUAAUGUUAAUAUCUUAUAUAGACAGAUUUUAUGUGCCAAUAUUUUUUUUUUACUUCUAUCUUUCAUUAGUAUAAUAAUGUUUAUAAUGUAUUUAGAAAUUCAUUUGAAGGGAGGGGGGAAGAUGGUAUUUUUAUUUACAUUAAUUUGUAAGUAUCGCGAACCUACGGAUCGAAUCAAUAUUUUUUUUUUAUGUUUUAAUUACAGAAUGAUUUUUUUUUUCAAAAUAUAUUAUAUUGUAUUAUAAAAUUGAUACCUAUAUAACCUACAUUUUUUUAAAAAAAUUUGUGUUCUAUUACCUGUUAACGAUUUCGCGUGAAAUUGUUUCGUACGUUUAACAAAACGCGAGUAUAUUGUAUUUUUUUUUCUUUUUUGUAUUCUAUGAAAUAUAAUUACGUUAUUUUUACAAAAUUUCGAAAAGUGGUCUUUGUUUUUUCAAAAUACGAGUACGAAAUUUUUUAUCAUAAAAUCAUAAAUCUUUAGAAAAAUGAACGAUAUAAUAUGUAAUUUAAACGCAUGUGAAUCGAGCGUUAUAGGUAUUUCCAAUAACUAAUUAAUUUUUGAAAUGCAAGAUUUAUUUGAAAAAUUAAAAAAUUUGCACCGUUGCUUUGCUCAAAAAUUUACGUCCAAUGUAUUCAAAUUGAUCAAAAUUUAUCAAAAAUUAGUACUUAUUGUAAUAAACUUUUGUGGAGCCAUCUAACGUCAAAAAUGAAAAAAAUCACAUGGAAUAGCAACUAUAGUAAGCUAAAAGAAGAACGAAUAUUUCAACAGUGAUAUUUUUUGAGAGCCAGAAAGAUAGUAUUUUGAUUAAUUUCCCAGUUUUUGACUAAAUUUUUGGAAAUUUGGAAAUCGUUCAUCAUUUUUGAAAAUUGGUCAUUUUUCUUACUUCGAAUUGCUGAAAAUUUGCCUUACAACAAAUGUAGAGGUCUCAAAACAAAUUCUAUUGUUUUUAUUUGAUCUACAGCCUUUAUCAAUUGUUCAUUUUGAGUUUCCCUAUACAUUUUUAAAAUCACACCGAAGACCUAGAGAUGGAUUUGUGCAGUUGAAAAUUUGAUUUUCAUUGGUUUUUGAGAUGCUCAACAUGAAAAUAGUUACACGUUUUAAAAUAAGGAAAUAAAUAUUGCAAAUAAUGAUAAAAUCGACUAGAUUCGUGUAAAUAAUGUGUACGCCAAUGAAAAAAAUUUUUUCUCGUCUAAUUGACGUUGAAAACUGAAAUUACCAUUUCAGGUGAUCUGAAGUCUCUAUCAGAAUUAGACAACACCUUAUGCAGUCAAAAAUACUCACUCGGCGUUAUGAUAUAGUUUCUCCCAUCUCCCCAUCCCAACUAUUAAAAUUUAUUUUAUUUCAUUUUUUUAAAAAUUAAAUGGCAUUUGCUCUUUUAAUAGUCAAAACGGAUUUUGUUGGAAUUCUUCAUAAAGGAUUACAUUUAAAAAAUAUAUAUAUUUGAACAAAAGAUGUCCAGCCUGUGCAAGUUUCUUUUUCAAAAUAUUAUUGAGUAAUAAAUGAGUAAUAAUAAUACAAA